AGUUAAAAUGGCGGCGCCCUGGUGAGGGAGCUGUGGUGAGGGGUCAGGGCGCGGGGCUGGCAGGGCGGCGGGGCCGGGUGAGAGCCGGGGACCGGUGAGCAGCCGGGGAUGGCUAGGGGAGGCCGAAAGCUUCUUGCAGCGCGGUCACCGCGGCCCGGGCCGAGUGGGGUGGGCCGCGGCCCUUGCGAAGAAGGCGGCGAGGAAGGGUGCAGCGGCCGGGCGGCGGGCCGGGGGUUAGUGUCCGCAACGAGAGCGGUCUGCAGUGGUGGGCUGGUGCCGUGCCGAGGCAACGCCUUGCGAGUCUUGGCGUGGAGAGGGCUUGGGAGCUCACCAUGCGCCUGCCGCAGGGGAAGUCUGAGGGUUUUCAGGAGUCAGGUGUAUAGCUCCGUCUGUUCAACUCAUUUUUGAUACACUCAACAGUUUCUUCCCUUUUCCACACAUACAGAAAUGCUCAAUUGCUGUACUUUGUUGUUCCUUCUACGCCCUGAGUUCAGGGGCUAUUUGUGAUACCGAAUUUUAAGAAUUCACCCUGGAGCUAACAGGCUGUCACUUAAUAGAGAUGGCUUAACUAAAUAUGAAUCUGGUGGCAAGUGUUCUACCAUGCCAGAAUAUAUUUCUUAAGCCUGAAACACUGUUGUAAAGUUGUAAUAAUUUGGAUGUUUUCACUGUUCCAUGAUUGGACACUGAAAGGGAUAAGCGAUGAAGCAGUUCACCUUAGUGAUCUGUGUGAACUGUAAGAAAAGCUGAAAUUCUUGUACCUGUCGUUUAACUGCUUAAUCUCUCCUUAAAGAUUGAGUGUAAUAAUAAUAGAAAUUGUGAAAGCUUUGCUGAAGAUAAAAGUGGUGUAUAAUGAUCCCAAAAGUGAGAGUUCUUGUCAGUUCCCUGUACUGAUUUUAACAAGUAAUUGCAAGAAACAGCAUUCUGUGGGUUGUAAGAAUUUCUACCAAUUUAAUUAAUUAGUUAUGAAUGGCCUCUUAAAUUUUUCUCAGUGCAAAAAAUGAAAUAAUCUCAUAAUUCUUAAAUAAAAAUAUUAUUAUGAGUAAAGAAUUAGCAAGUUCUGUUGUAAAGGGAAGAAGACAGAAUUGGAUUAUGUUAAGCAUUUGGCAUAACCAGGAAACUGAAAAUCAAAGGUGAAAGUCCUUGUAAGUUAUCAAGGUCAGAAUACGGCGGGCAAUUAGAUAUGUGUAAAACUUAAAGCACUUUGUGGAAGCUGUAUGGGAUUAUUUGUUGGCUGCUAUCAGAAUCAAGUUAUAAAUUGUUCCUGCCUGCUGUUCAGAUGUGUCCCAAUGGUAAAUGAUACUCACUUUCCAUGUGGAAACAAGUGUACAGGUUGAAUAAUCAGCUCCUGAAAUGGCUUCUCUUCAGACCUCACAUUUUUUUUGCCUAUACUUCCAAAAUGAUGCUUAGCCAGAGGGACUUCUGAGAGUUUCUCAGUGUUUGCUUUACCACACAAACAGAGGUUAGAGUCAUUGCUGCUGCAAUGUCCUGGGUACAAGUUGCAGUCAACCAAUCCAAUGAAGAUAUAUUUGAUGAAGAUGCAGACGAGAUGUGUGUAGUACAGAAAGAAUGGAACAGCACCAUGAAAAAAAGAUUGAAGGAGGGCUUUAGGGAUGGUGUUGAGGCUGGGAAAGAACUUGCGCUCCAAGAAGGCUUCAAUCAAGGUUACAGAGAAGGUGCUGAGCUGAUGGUUACAUGUGGCCAGUUCAGAGGAACCCUGAAUGCUCUCUCAUCCUGGUGUCACCUUAAUGGACAUAAUUCUGCUUUAAGUAAGAUAAAAAAUCUUCUAGAUGUGGUUGGAAAGCAUGAAGAUGAUCUACUUAAGUGUCUGAAUUCUAUCCAACAACAGCCACAUGUUGGAGACAUUUUAAACGCUGUUCAGGACAUGGACCUGAGUCAUGCAGCUCCAGCUGGGACAAAGUAUGAUGAAGUUAACACCAAAAAACAUGAACACGUUGGCAGCUCUGCUGAAAACUAUUGUAGAAAUAUUGGUGAGGAUGGUUCCUUGCAGUCUGAGUGCAACAAGGCAAAACUCUGUACAGAUCCUGAAAGGUCAAACCUUGCUUGGGUUAAAAAGCAAACUGUUUCUCUAGUAGAGCAGCUGGGUUUGUCGCUGGACAUACUCCAUCAUGUCCACCAACUGGAGCUUUAGUUUUUCUGUUUCAUGGUAUUUAAAAUUAUCUCAGCUGGAUUGGAUUCCCAAUUUGAGGAUCAGUUCACUUUAGGGAAGUCUGAUUCCGAUACUUCCCAACGGAGGUUAUUUUUGUAAAUCUUACCUUGCUUCAGCUCGUGGCCAAAAAACCUUGGUUUUCUUCCUAAAUAUAACUUUCACAGAAAGGGAGAUAAUCUUAAAAGCUCUCCAAAGAUUUACUAAACAUGUCUCUAUUCUGUGACAGAAUGUGUCAUUUCACCCUUACUUUCUCUAUUGGUAUCCUUUUGGAAAUGGAGCAGGUCCCUUAGAAGCCUCCUCAAAUAUACAAAAAAAAAAAGCCCAGUGCUAUCGACAAGUUGUUAUUGCAGAAUAAGCUGCUGUUGAUGACAUUCUAACUGUGCAAAAUAGAACAGGAUCUGCUGAUUUCCAAAGUACUGUAACUCUCCUGAUUACUAUAUUUAAAAAAAAAAAAGAAUUUUUCACCUUUUGUCAAAUUCUUACUCUUGCCUUUUGUAACCCCUAUGGAGUGCUCUUUCACAGUUAAAAUGAUUUUUUUCCUCUUCAUACAGUUCUAUUUAUUUCAGUUUUGGUGGAAGCACACCCCUCUUCUCAAAUGCUGAACUACUGACAAUACCAUUGUUUUGCUGUUCUAACAGCAUACUAUCUGCUAUUACCCUGUUAAAACCCAUCUAUAUAUUCCUAGUCUAAUGAAUUUUCUUGUGUUAUUUUGGUAUUUAUUUUGCAAGUCCUUCAACUCUCUUCCCUUCGUUCCCACAGUUUUCCCCAAACUCUUAAAGGAAGACAGGCUUAUUCACCUUCUCUUAGAAGCAUGGUCAGCCACAGAUGCAUCUGACAACUUUGUAUUUCUGUGCCAACCUUUUGUAUUAGACUCCUUUUCCUGUUGCUUGCCUAAACUAUAGCUGCAAAUUCCUUUGGUUAGGAAGUCUUGUCUUUGUGAAUAGCUGUCUCUGUUUCAGAGUAAUUAAACUGAUUUACAUUAAGUCAGAAGUUCAGUUGUUUUAUGUUGCUUUUAACUUUCUUCAGUGUCUGAGACAAACCUAAAUUUUGAACAACUGACUUAACUAUAACUAAAGAAAGAUAUAAAACUGUUUUGUGAUUAUUUUAUUUUUACUGUGAAGCUAUAAAAAGCCAAGGCACAAAUUACGUGAUUUUUUUUCAGAGAAUGAGUUUAUAACUUUCUUAUUAAAGACUAUUGUCCUGCCCUGGAGUUAAGCUGUAAGUUUGGUUGCUAUUCCAUACCACUUCUGCAUUAGGAGAAAAUGGAACUGUGCAAUUAAGAGUCUCACGUUGAACUUGUUACUGAAAUAGUGGAAUUGAAUAAAGCUGUUUGCAUGUAUUA